ACGCCGUGGACCCUUCUUCAGGUACGAGAGCCUCCAGAGCCCGAGAUUGCCGUAAUUCGGUUUCCGAACGAGACUACAAGACGAAUCUUGACCAUGGCGACGAAUGUCGACGCCGCGGCCCUUGACGAGACGCCAAUUUCCGAGAGCGUGCAUAAACCGAGCAAGCAGACCGUCGACCCCUACAAUGUCUCGGGCGAAGUUGGCGAGGACGGCGUGGUCAAGGCCAUCGACUACAACAAGUUGAUCGACGAGUUUGGCACCAAGAAGAUCGACGACGAGCUGCUUGCCCGCUUCGAGCGUGUGACCGGCAAGCGCCCGCACCACUUCCUCCGACGAGGCAUCGUCUUUUCUCACAGGGACUUUGAGCUCAUCCUCGACCGCUACGAGCGCGGCGAGCCCUUCUUCCUCUACACCGGUCGGGGGCCCUCGUCCGACAGCGUCCACGUCGGGCACACGAUCCCGUUCGAGUUCACCAAGUGGCUCCAGGAUACCUUCGAUGUCCCCCUCAUUAUCAUGAUGACGGAUGACGAGAAGUAUCUGUUCUCCGAGAAGAAAACGAUUGAGGAGGUUCAGGGCUAUUGCACCAAUAACGCAAAGGACAUCAUUGCGAUUGGUUUUGACCCGGCCAAGACAUUCAUCUUCUCUGAUUUCGACUACGUCGGGGGUGCCUUCUACAGGAACAUUGUCCGCCUGUCAAAGCACAUCACCCUCAACCAGGCCCGCGCCAUCUUUGGCUUCAACGACAGCACCAACAUCGGGCGGAUCCACUUCGGCAGCAUCCAGGGUGCAACCAGCUGGGCUUCCUCGUUCCCGCAUAUUUUCGGUGAUGACGAGUCUAAGACGGUCGGGAUACCGGCGCUCAUUCCAUGCGCUAUUGACCAAGACCCAGACUUCCGCAUGACGCGCGAUGUGUCGGCAAGGUUGAAGUACCAGGGGAAGCCCUACGCCAAGCCAUCCCUCAUCCACGCGCUGUUCCUGCCGGCUCUUCAGGGGCCCGGGACCAAGAUGUCGGCGUCUAUCGAUGAGUCAGCGAUCUUUUUGAAAGACACUCCCAAUCAGAUCAAGAACAAGAUCAACAAAUAUGCCUUCUCCGGCGGCAAGGUGUCGCAGGAGGAACACCGCCAGUACGGAGGUGACACGAGCGUCGAUGUGGCUUACCAAUACCUCCGCUUCUUCCUCGAAGAUGACGAAGAGCUUGAGAGGAUCAAGGUGGAAUAUGAGAGCGGGAGGAUGUUGACUGGCGAACUGAAGGCCAUCUGCAUCAGGGAGCUCCAGAAGUAUGUUGCCGCGUUUCAGGAGAGGAGAGCCAAGGUGGACGACGAGACGGUCAAGCUGUUCAUGGAGAGGCGGCCGCUCCAGUGGAGAGGCAACCCGCGCGCGCCCCUGGUUGUUCCCAAGGUUGAAAACGGAAACGCCGGUGAUGCGACCCCGGAUGGGGAAGGCAAGUUGACCAAGAACCAGCUCAAGAAGCUGGAGAAACAGAAGCAAAUCGAGGCCAAGAAGGCGCAGAAGGCCAAGGAGAAGGCGGAGAAGGCGGAGAAAGCUGGCACGGAGGCGGCAUGA